ACAACAACUGCCCCAACCACAACAACUGCUGCUCCAACCACAACAACAGCUGCUACAACAACAACAACUGCUGCUCCAACAACAACAACAACAGCAGCUCCAACAACAACAACUGUCCCAACCACUACAACAGCUGCUACAACCACAACAACCGCCCCAACCACUACAACUGCUGCUACAACAACAACAGCUGCUACAACCACAUCAACUGUGGCACCAACAACAACAACAGCUGCUCCAACAACAACAACUGCUGCUCCAACAACAACAGUUGCUCCAACCACAACAACUGCCCCAACCACAACAACUGCUGCUCCAACCACAACAACAGCUGCUACAACAACAACAACUGCUGCUCCAACAACAACAACAACAGCAGCUCCAACAACAACAACUGUCCCAACCACUACAACAGCUGCUACAACCACAACAACCGCCCCAACCACUACAACUGCUGCUACAACAACAACAGCUGCUACAACCACAUCAACUGUGGCACCA